UUGCGGAGCGGCUGAAGUGGCCGGGAGAAGGAGCAGGCGGAGGAGGGAGAGGCGCGCUGCUGCCUUCAGCAGUUGGAUGUAUUUUCCAUCAUGGUGGGUGAAAGAAGGAAUGGAAACCUUGGGCCAAAACUACAAGCCUAUCCUGAGGAGCUAAUCCGCCAACGUCGUGGACAUGAUGGACAUACUGAAUAUCUGAUUCGCUGGAGCAUCCUUAGUUUGGAUGACAAUGUAGAAAAUACCACCCAUGCUGCUUCAACUGAGAACAAAAUGGAUAACAUUCUUAUGUGGAUGUCAGCAGAAGAAGUUUAUGCUAAUUGCCCCACACUCUUGGGUAAGAGGAAGCCUGAGGGGCAACGAGUAAAGGAGGAAAAGUCACCUAGCACAUUUCCACCUGAUGUCACAGUGGAUGAAGCUUCCCUGCACGAAAUGAAGGCUGAUGUCAGGAACCUGGUACAGCGUGCUAAUCGACAGAUGGCCAGGACAAGUGGUCCAGAGUCCUCCAUCCUUAAUACUGUCCAUGUGCUCAGUGCUUAUGCCAGCAUUGGCUCAUUGACAGGGGUCUUUAAGGAAACAGGUGCUCUGGAUCUGUUGAUGAAGAUGUUAUGUAAUGAGGAGAAGCAAAUACGUCGUAGUGCAGGCAAGAUGCUGAGAGCUUUGGCUUCUCAUGAUGCAGGAAGUCGCGCUUAUGUUCUUUUGUCCCUGAGCCAGCAAGAUGGUAUUGAACAGCACAUGGAUUUUGACAGUCGUUAUACUCUUUUGGAGCUUUUUGCUGAGACUACAUCCUCUGAAGAGCACUGUAUGUCCUUUGAAGGGAUCCAUCUUCCUCAGAUUCCAGGGAAGCUGCUGUUUUCUCUAGUGAAGCGUUAUCUGUGUGUUACUUCCCUCAUGGACAAGUUAAACAGCACCACAGAACUGGUAGGGGAACAUCAGGACUCUUCAGCCCCCAGUUCAACCUUUGGGGAAAAGAGCCGGGUACAACGGGAGUUUGAUUUCAGCAUGGCCAUGGCUAACCUAAUUUCAGAGCUAGUCCGGGUCAUGGGCUGGGAUCGCAGCCAAGAAAGGGAACUUCUGUCUCUGACAAAUGCGCAGCCUCGAAUUAUUCGAUCCAUCUUCCAGCCCAAGGGUUCCACUUGUACUGCUGUUCAGGUGCCUUUAGUAACUUCAAACCCUUCACCAAGAAAAAAGCAAGGACAACCAUUUUUGACCCUGUCAGAUUUUUCCAGUCGCAGCAGCUAUGUUGAGUAUGUGCAAGAGAAUCUUAAGCCAGGAAUGACUGUGCGGAUGUUGGAAGAAUACGAGGAGAUUGAUGCUGGGGAUGAGGGUGAAUUUCGUCAGAGCAAUAGUGGAAUGCCUCCUGUACAGGUUUUGUGGCAGUCCACUGGCCGGACCUAUUGGGUGCACUGGCACAUGAUAGAAAUUAUUGGCUCUGGGGAGCAAAAUGAAGAGGAUGCUGCACAAGAAAAAGUAUCUAGUUUAACGGAGAACCUGAAACUGCCCACAGCUACUCAGACAUUCUACUGCAAACCUCUUGGGGGACUUUACUGCUUGCCAUACCUAAUGGAUCACCUAAAUGAGAAUUCUGGGAUGUUGAGCCGGGCAGAAUGGUGGGAGCUACUUUUUUUCAUUAAAAAGCUAGAACAACAUGAACAACAGGAAUUUAUUCAGUUCAUCCAGAAGAAUCAUGAAGAACAGCUGUUGGAACUAGAUGAAGAGGGCCUGAUUCAGCUGUCAAUAUCAAUAGAGUUGGCUCGGAAACUCUUGCCACUCUUAAGCAAAUACUGUCAAGGCUGCACCCAAAAUGACUUGCAGAACUCCCACAUCUAUCUCAAAUAUACCUUCGGCAAGGGAGGGACAGAGCAAGGCUGCCAAAGUGUGGACAUGGCCUCUACAAAAGAUAGUGGCCUUUCCGAAGCCAUGGUUUCCAAAAAACCAAAGGAGUCACUCUCUGCUGAAGUGUCUUCUCCAGUGCCAUCCAUGACAGAGAAGACUGACACACAGCUGAUUAAUGAACUUCUUGAAGUAGAAGGACUUUCCUUCCCAGACAUACUAGAUGAAAAAGCCAAAGCUUUCUACAGUGUGAAGGUGUCAGGAAAGAGGAACUCCUUGGAGAAGCUUGCAGAUAUUGUAGACAUAAUACAGAAAUCUAGUUCUGAGGUUGCACUGCAGAUGGCUGGACUCAGAUUCAUUAUCAAGAUCUUGGAAGAUGAACCUGGUCAAGAAAGACAAAUAAUUAAAGUAGAAGGUGGAUCCUCAAUCAGAGAGAAGAUGGUGAAGAUGCUGGUGGAACUGCUCAGUAACCAACUGAAGGAGAAAUUGUUGAUGGUGACAGCAUUAAGACUGCUUUAUGUGUUAAUGGCGAAGUAUGAUUGGCGAGUCCUUUUUGCCACAGAAGGCGGGGUGCGUGCUGUGCUGGGCUGCAUGCAGGAGUAUUCCACUUCAGCAUUGGUACAGCAGGCUGGCUUGGCAGCAUUAAAAGUAUUGGUGGGUGCUGGGAAUUGCGAGCUACUUGGUACCAGUGGGAAGUCAUACCCUCUGAAUCAUUCGGAUGCCCAAAUGAUGCGGGAAAUUUUUGCCAGCAUUGGUUCUGCUUCCAACAAAGAAUCUGAUAAUUUACUAUGUGUAAUUCGGGUUGCUAUUGAGAAGAUGUUGGCUACACGUGGAGCCUCAUCAGCAGUGCAGAAUGGGCUGUUGGUGUUAAACAUGCUGAUCAACAAUCACAAGGGCCUGGCAGAACAGUUGGGAAGCUGUGACCUCCACUCAGUCUUGCAGAGUUGCUGCCAAACAGGCCAGAGCUCCAACGAGAUGUUGGCUCGUAUAGUGCUCAAUCGUUUGGCUGAGCAUAAAUUGCCAUUGAGCCAGGAGAAUGCAGAAUCUGAAGCCUCCUUUGUGUUCAAAGAUAUGGAUGUACCAACCCUGCUGAGAAACCUCCAUGAAACCAGCUUUUCAAAAGAUGUGGUGCUAGCACUGGAGCACUGCCUUUGUGAUGAGGGUGUCUACCCUGAGGGAAAUGGAACUGACUUUUUGCCAGAUCAUGAGCACUUCUUGCUGCUGCUGAAAACCCUAGAACAGUUGGGAGCUGAGAAGACUGUCCAGAUGGGCAUGCUGAGGAUUUUGAAUAAGUUUUUGGAUAGUUCUCAAGAGGAUGCAUUGCCCUGGCACGAGUGCAUUGAGCCUUGUCUGUCCUCAAUGAGUGCCCACAGUAGUGAACGGGAGGUUGUGCAGGAGUUCAUCCGUUUCCUGCAUCGUUUAGCUACUACCAACAAAGACUGUGCUGUUGUGAUGUGUCGGGUAGGCACAAAGGAAGCUCUGACCAAAGCUAUGGACAAGCACAACUCCAACCUGUUGUUGGUGACGGAGCUGCGGGACCUUGUGACUGAUUGUGAGAAAUAUGCUAGCCUUUAUAAGAAGAUGACAACCAGUAUCUUGGCUGGUUGCAUUCAGAUGGUUCUGGGGCAGAUAGAGGAACAUAGGCGAAGUCACCAGCCUAUUACUAUCCCCUUUUUCGAUGUUUUCUUGCGCAACCUUUGCCAAGGUUCUAAUGUAGAGGUGAAGGAAGACAAGUGUUGGGAGAGGAUAGAAGUCUCUUCCAAUCCACAUAGAGCCAGCAAACUGACAGACAAAAACCCAAAGACCUAUUGGGAGUCUAAUGGUAGCACAGGUUCCCAUUACAUCAAUAUCUUCAUGCACCGUGGAGUCAUAGUCAGGCAGAUGACUUUAAUAGUAGCUAGUGAAGAUUCCAGCUAUAUGCCAGCUCGGAUUGUUGUGAUGGGAGGAGAGAACACUUCUAGCAUCACUACUGAGCUCAAUACUGUGAAUGUCCUACCUACAGCUAACAGGGUAGUUCUUCUGGAGAAUAUGGUCCGCUUCUGGCCAAUUAUACAGAUCAAAAUUAAGCGCUGUCAACAGGGCGGCAUUGACACACGGGUGCGUGGCAUUGAGGUGCUGGGUCCCAAGCCCACCUUCUGGCCCAUCUUCAGAGAGCAGCUGUGCCGGCGUACAUACCUCUUCUACACCACCAAGGCACACACUUGGUGCCAGGAAAUCUUAGAAGAUCGGAUGCAGCUGCUGCAGCUUUUCAACAGAUUGAACAGUGCCUUGCGCCACGAGCAAGUAUUUGCCAAUUGCUUCCUUCCUGAUGAUGAGGCUGCCCAGGCUCUAGGCAAGACCUGUUGGGAGGCCCUGAUCACCCCCUUGGUGCAGAGUAUCACCUCUCCAGACUCUAGUGGCAUCAGCCCUAUGUCAUGGCUGCUAACUCAAUACUUGGAAAAUUUGGAGGCAGCCCGGAAUUCCAUGAGCCGAGCUUCCAUCUUCAAUUCCCGUGUUCGGCGUCUUAGCCACCUGUUGGUGCAUGUGGAUUGUACUGGCCCUGAACCUGAGGAGCUGAAGCCUCCUGUUAAAUCCAAUGGGAAGAAUGGUAAGAACAAGGAGUCAAGCUCAGGAGUUGUAAAGCCAGCAGUGAAUAAACCCAGCUGUGUGACAGGCAUCACCCAAUGCUGGAAAGACGUAGUACAGCAGCAGGUGAAAUGUUUCUUGGAGUCCUCCUGGCAGAACCCUGACUUUGUGGAACGAUAUUGCAGCACCUACCAGCGCCUCCGUACUGCCAUGGAGGAGCUUUUUGGACAGCAGAUCUCCUUCAUGCUGGCCUUAUGCCACGGUUUCUCUGGAGCCUUGUUGCAGCUCUCCUUCCUGACGGCCAUGCACGUGAGUGAGCAGUUUGCCCGUUACAUUGACUGGUGGAUCCAAAAGAGCUGGGCAGAUUCGGGUAAUGUGGAGACACUUCAAUGCCUACAGCAGAGCCUGGAGCCCAUCCUCUUCCUAGCAGACCUGGAGUUGGCCAACACUUUUGAGCGAUUCUACCGAUACUACCUAGGAGACCGUCUUCUGUCUCAAGGGAAGACAUGGAUGGAAUCUGCUGUAGUGGAGCACAUUGGGAUCUGCUUCCCCAACCGUUUCCCACAGCAGAUGCUGAAGAACUUGAGUGAGCUGGAGGAGCAGCAGCAACAGUUUCAUCUUUUCCAGUUGCAGCAGCUGGACAAGUAUCUGCUGGAACUAGAUCAGCAUGGAAAUCAUGAAGAGGAGGAGGAAGAAGGCGAGAUGAUGGAGAAGCCUUUUUCUCAGGAGGAAGAGGCAGAAGUGAAGGUAUUGGCUUUGUCUCCACGCUGUUGGACGAUCUCUCCCCUCUGCUACCUGGAAGACCCUGCCAGAUUUUUUCCAUCCUCCCUCAGCCAGCAGCUGAGAAAGUUUGCAGACUUUUAUACCCAGAGUAGGAGCCACUUCGGGCUGGAGCAUACAAAGCCACAGCGUUUACAAUGGACGUGGUUGGGCCAUGCUGAGCUACAGUACCAGGGCUGCAUCCUGCAGGUGUCCACCCUGCAAAUGUACAUUCUUCUGUGCUUCAACCAUACCGAGGAAGUUUCUGUGGAUACAUUAUUAGAAGUCACAGGUCUUUCUCCUGUCCUCCUAAGUCAUGCACUGAAACCUCUGACAAAGGAGAAUGGGAUCCUCACCCAGAGGCAGAGUAUUUUGAGGCUGAAUGAGGGGGCACCAGGCCAGGAGUCCAGUCAGCGCCUGUGGCUCUUGCCCAAACAGAUGUAUUUGAACGUGGAGGAAAAUGAGGGCUGUGCUCUAGAGAAGAAGAGGAAUACCAUUUGCUGUCUCCUUGUCCAGAUCUUGAAGGAGGAGAAAGAGAUGCAUAUUGACAACCUGGUAUUCAAGGUGAUUGAUGCCUGCCAGAAACGAGAGUCUGGCUGUACCCAGAAAUUUUUGAACUUUUGCUGCAGUAGCACAGAUGUCCUCUCUUGCAUCCUGCAUCUGCUGAGCCAGGGUUACAUCCAACGCCAGGAGGACAACCCACAUAUCCUGGAGUACAUCUCAGCAGAGCCCACCACACCUCACCGGGGCCAAGCUCAGCUUACUUUUCAAAACAUUACUUGCCAAAAACAAAAGUCUCCUUCUGGGAUAGAUACAACCAACAGAUUGGAUACCUUUGGCCUUGGCACAGAACAGGUUCUGAUGGAGACGGUGCUCUUGCCUAUGGGACGCACCAUGAGUCAAGAAGAGGUUGAGCUGCUGAUGACCCAAACAGUGGAGAAGGUGUCAGAUACGCUAAGCACGACUGCAGAUAUAGCUCAGCAUCUGCUCAUACACUGUAAGUGGAAUGUGGAUGUUCUGAUUCAGCGCUACACAGAAGACCAAGACUUGCUGCUGUUUUCCUCAGGGCUGCAAGUGCGAAACCCUCAGCCGCCUUCAAGCCCUGUCACCCACUGUCCAGUGUGUGUGAAUCUGCUGAGCGAAGUGGACAAUCUGCCUGUUCUCUGUUGCAUGCACUACUGCUGUAAGUCCUGCUGGAAUGAAUACUUGACUACUCGGAUUGAACAAAACCUGAUUCUGAAUUGCACAUGUCCCAUUUCUGAUUGCCCUGCGCAGCCCACUACUGACUUUAUCCGCUCUAUCAUUUCCUCCAAAGAGGUCAUUGCCAAGUAUGAGAAAGCCCUUCUAAGAGGUUACGUUGAAUGCUGUUCAAACCUAACUUGGUGCACCAACCCUCAGGGCUGUGAUCAGAUCCUCUGCAAGGAAGGCCUUGGCUGUGGAGAAGCCUGUUCAAAGUGCUCUUGGAUCUCCUGCUUCAGCUGCAAUUUUCCUGAAGCUCACUAUCCUGCCAGCUGCAGUCACAUGUCUCAAUGGAUGGAUGAUGGUGGUUUCUAUGAAGGAAUGACGGUAGAAGCCCAGAGCAAGCACCUGGCCAAACUCAUAUCCAAACGCUGCCCCAGCUGCCAAGCUCAAAUAGAGAAAAAUGAGGGCUGUCUGCAUAUGACUUGUGCCAAAUGUAACCAUGGAUUUUGUUGGCGUUGCCUGAAACCUUGGAAACCAACCCAUAAGGAUUAUUACAACUGCUCUGCCAUGGUAAGCAAAGCAGCUCGACAGGAAAAGCGUUUCCAAGACUAUAAUGAAAGGUGCAUUUUUCAACAUCAAGCAAGGGAAUUUGCUAUGAACUUACGAAAUAGAGUUUCCACUGUCAGUGAUGUGCCACAGAUUCGGACAUUGACAUUUGUUGUGGAUGCCUGCAAAGUGCUGGAACAGGCACGAAAAGUCCUGGCGUAUUCCUGUGUCUACAGCUACUAUAACCAAGACACGGAGAAAAUGGAUAUAAUGGAACAACAAUCUGAGAAUCUGGAGCUGCAUACUAAUGCUUUGCAGAUCCUUUUGGAAGAGAUGUUGUUGCACUGCCAAGAUCUUGCCUCUUCCAUCCGGUUGCUCAAAGCAGAGCAUUUUAAUACCGGUUUAGAGUUGGUUCGCAGGAUCCAAGAACGGCUCCUGUCAAUUCUGCAUCAUGCUACUCAGGAUUUCAGAGUGGGAUUCCAGACCCGACAAAGCUCUGAACAGGGGGAGAUUAAGUUAUCCAAUGUACCUAAUGUCACUUCUGCUUAUAAAGAGCUGGUUUUUGAUGAAGGAUCUGAUUCACCUGAUACAGAUGAUGGGGGCAAAGAGGAAGAUGAGGAUGAAGAUGAGUAUGUUCCAGAGUGGCAAGAGGAGUAUGAUGAUGAAGAUCUUGAUGAUGAUAUUUCCUAUGAUGAUGAAUCAGAGAAUCUAGAGAGAGAUUCCUUUUUUUUUGAAGAUGAAGAUGAACCAUAUGAUUAGGGUUCGCCUUCAGACUCCCCAAAUUCACCAACGAAUUCUGGAGAAGAGGAACCUUCAGGCAACCUUGUCCCUACUACUUUCUGCGUCUAUCAUUGUCAAAAACAGCAGGGAGAUGAUUUCAGUCAAGCGGGAGUCAAUUAUAUAAUCGUUUACAAUGAAGGACACUUUCUCUUUGAGAUAGAUACCUUGUGGCUGUUGGUAAAAUUCACUGUGCCUGAUUACAUAUGAAGUUCAUUAGCCAAACAAACAAAGGUGGGCAGUGAGGCUGCAGGACUGCAAGCUUUCUUGGGGAAUAAGACAAGGCUCCAGUCUAGAAAAAAGUCUGACCAUUGCCUCAACUCCAAUGUAGGCUUCAAUUUUAAAAGAGCACUAUAUAUCAUCAGUGAAAGUUUGCACAUCAUCCCUUCCCAUAUUCCCUGUACCUUAUUGCCCACUGGCUACUAUUAUGCAGAAGUUUUAUUUGACAAAUCUAUUUGAGUUUAUUAUUUUGCCCAGUACUGACUUAAAAUUCUAGAACAUAAUAGCAAUACAGCCUUAUUUAUGAGUGCCAGUUCAGUCAGUUUUGUUCUCCAGUAGUAAAUACAUGGAAGCCCUAAUAUGUGUGUCUGUGUGUGUAUGUACCCAUACAUGCAAUGUCUCUAAGGGGCCUCUUGUCUGCCGGAGCAAUUCUCAUUUCCAUUCUAGCACAGGUCCAAAACUAUGAAUGGAGAUUUUAAUUUCAUUUCAAUAUAACUUGUUCUGUAAGAUUCAGUGCACAGGGACAAUGGUACUCACUAAUUAGUGAAAAGCCAACUUAGGUCACUGAAUGUGUGUGAAUCACUUGAAUUGCAUCUCAGCAUCUGGGCUAAGAUUGUGUGAGUGUGUCUUUGUGUACAUGCGUGCAUUUGCACGCUUGCAUAGAAUGUUUGCCUAUGAAUGUUGAUAAAGCUGCUUUUUUUUUAAACAAACCCAAAUUCAGUUAAAAUGCCCUGCUCUGGCCCUGCUGGAUAAAUCUGUAGGUUGCCAAUGUUCUGAACUGAAAUGGUUUUGUAUUUUGUAUGGAACUCUUUCAUGAAGAGAUUUUUUUCUUUAGUGUUCCUUUGCCAUUUGGAAUGCAUUCUGCGAUGGGAAUUCCGCAGGAUGUAGAGGUUCAGAGGGUUCAUAUGUAUAAUAUAAACACAUAUAUAAAUAUGUGUGUGUGUGUAUGCAGGAGCUAAAAUUGUUCAGAGUAUUAUGCUUUAUCUUUUCUUGAAAAUGAAAAAAGACAAAUUAUACAACUUCUGUUUAUGAAAUAAACUGGUUUUCUUCUGUU